GUGAGGAACCUGCAGAAGACAGGGCUGCAAACGUCUUUCUCUAUAGGGGAAGGCUCUGACGCUAGGCCUUAACGCAGGCGCCACCACCACCUCCUUUCUCUGUGAGGGCGCGGCUUUCUCCUGACCCGGGAACCGAAACAAGCUAGUUGCUGGGGAGCCGGAAGCGUCUGAUCCGGGCGUGCAACAAGAGGCAGUGCUGUGCGCGAGAGCCGCUUCGGGGCGGUUGUCGGCUCCGUGACGUGAAGAGCUGUGCUGGGUUGCAAGCUGAAUGGCAUGAACUUGGCUUGGGAGAGCCGCCCGCUGAUGCUGUUGCCUGCCCAGGGCUAAGUGUGCCUGCCCCUUUCAGUAGAGCUGACACUCGCAACAAGCCAUUCCUCUUUCCUGGCAUUUCUCUUUCAAGCCCCGCUAUCUCGCUAUGGGAGCCGAGCAGAGCACAGAUGCUGAAAAUCGGCCUCAUGAUCCGAAUACAUCAUCAUCUCCGUCACCAGCCAAACAGAGAGCUAAAAUGGAUGAUAUUGUUGUGGUGGCACAAGGGACACAAUCAUCGCGGAAUGUCAGCAAUGAUCCAGAUGUCAUUAAGUUGCAGGAAAUUCCAACUUUCCAACCCCUUUUGAAAGGUCUUCUUAGUGGACAGACAUCUCCUACCAACAUUAAACUUGAGAAACUAGACUCUCAGCAAGUUCUACAGCUCUGCCUCCGGUACCAAGACCACCUUCACCAGUGUGCGGAAGCUGUUGCCUUUGACCAGAAUGCUUUAGUCAAACGGAUCAAAGAGAUGGAUCUUUCAGUAGAAACCCUCUACAGCUUAAUGCAGGAACGCCAGAAAAGAUAUGCCAAAUAUGCUGAGCAGAUCCAGAAGGUCAAUGAGAUGUCUGCCAUCCUCCGCCGCAUCCAGAUGGGCAUCGACUUGACCAUUCCCCUGAUGGAGAGGCUGAAUAGCAUGCUGCCUGAGAGCGAGAGACUGGAGCCAUUUAGUAUGAGCCCUGACAGGGAGCUCAAGCUGUAGGUUUCUGAUACAACAGUCUCCAGUCAACUUUUCCUGGACCCUACUUGAUAAGGAACUUACUUGGAACAUGCUUCACACGCUAAAGUGAAUAGGAGAGAGGUGCUGCUUCUGUGUUAGGUAAGAAGAGUGUUUGGCUUGCAGGGACACAGCAGCUUGGAAUAAAACACCAUUUGGAGCAUACAAUUUUCUUACCUUCCCUAUCCCAUCUACUUACCACCACUUGCCUCCACCCAGCAAAAUGUUGCUUUAACCAGGUUCUGACUUAAAUCUUCACAUCCAUCCACUACUGCUGUGGUUUAAAUCUGUUUACAUUCAGGGAACCCUUUAUGCACCAGUUUGCUUGUUGACAAAUCCCUUCAAGCUGCAGAGGAUUCUGGGGCAUGUUCUAAUCCAGUAAGAUUGAUAAUUGGCAAACAAACUGCCUGGAAGAGCUUCACUGCCAGUGACAGCCUUCCUCUCUGACAAAUAAGGAUUCUGCGAGUAACAAUUACAGCACACAGAGGAUGAUGAAAAAGCAGAGAAGACAGGAAGUUUAACAGCCGUUGUUCUAGAGCAAGAGUGGGGAACCUCCAACCCACAUGCCAGAUUUGGCCUGGCAUGAGCUCCGGUUUGGCCUACAAAACCGUUUACCCCAAACCACAUCCACCUGCCCUACACCUGACAUCAUUUGUGACAUCAGGUGUGGGGCAGAUACACAGCUGGAUCGUCUGCACAACUCAGCUCCCCAUGUGCAAUUUGAUUGCACAGCCAAUCCCUGCAAAAAGCAGGGCUGAACUCAGGUCCCAUCAGCCGGAUUGGCUGCAUGCCCAAGUUCCCUGUGGGGAACUUGAUUGUGCAGCCAACCCCUGCAGAAAGUAGAUUUCAGCCUCUUAGGCUGUGGUUAGUAAGUACCUGGCAACCAGCUGGCUGUUGGGUGCACAGGAAGUGCUAUGCAAGCAACUAAUAGGUGGGUUGCUUGCCCGCUUGUCAGAUUUGGCCUGUGAGGGUGAGAACAGAUAGCUGUCUGGCCCACUGGGCCAAAAAGGUUUGCCACCCUUGUUUUAGAGCAUACAAUCAGUCAUGUGAAAUAUGGACCGAGCCUGUUGAUGCUUGCCAACUUCUCCAGCCCAGCACUAUUUCAAGAGGAGAUCAGCAGUAGCAGAUAAACGGUCUUUCAGGGAAUCUUGUCCUCCAUUGUUGACCACCUCAUUGAGGACUGCUGAAGUUUCUGAGAAUCCCCAGGGUUCUCCAUAAGACAAACUGUGUGCCAAGAGCAGUGGUGUUCAUACACCCUUGUUUAAACCUCAGCUGGAUAGUUUCAUCAUAGAGCCUUGAGGACCAGACUGGCUGAUUGAAAACUGGAUAGUGUACUGCCUGGGCUUUUAGGAGGGGAAAGGUUCAAUAAUCACCUUUUGGUUUAUUUAAGUGAUAGUUAGCUUUUACAAUGUUCUCUGCUCUUAGAAAUGUCCAUAAUCUUUUUGUUGUCGCUAAAGCUGAGUGCGUAAAUCCAGAAGUAAACCCACAAUGUAAUUUGGUUUGUGUGGCAAAUGUUUCCGUUUUGAGGUCUUGUCUACCUCUCCUCCUAGAGGUUUUUGUUUGAAAUUGGCUUCUAAUUUUACAGGGCUAUUAAAUGUGUAACUACUUGAGCUAUUUGACCACCACAGCUUUGCAGGCACCAGAGCUAGAGUCUCCUAUGUAGAAAUGAGGGUUUAGGUUAGUGUCUUUCUCUCCCUCAGUCCUCAAACUACUUGUUUUCUCCGAGACUUUCUGAAUGAAAGGAGUACCUCCCUCUGCUUUUGUAUUGAUUUGCUUUGCCAAAAGAUUCCUGCCAGGAUUCAUCAAGCCACUUCAUGAGGAGGAAAGGUCAUGUUUAGUCCACACCCUAAGGAUGUUGUAAAACCUGCCAAGCUGAGAAAGGUUAGUUCAUAUCCUUUUUUCUGAAGGCACUUUGGAGGUGUGCCGUAAAAAUGCCACCUUGCCAUUUGCAUCUCCAAAGAUGGCUGCUUUGUAUUUUCAGUUCAGGGGCAAGUUUGGACUGAUGUCUCUUGCUCUGUAAGUUCAGUACAGCUUUGAAGCUCUGCUGUCACUAGAAUUGUAAGGGUUAUGGAGACUAUACUAGAGAUGCUUUCCGUAUUUAAAACAAAUAUACCUUCUGGCAAGUGCCAUCAGCACUUCUGUAUGUAAUCCACUCAGUUUUAGUCCAAGCCUACGUAUAAUACGCUAAUGUGAAAAAUACUGCUGUAUUCUUCAGUGUGUAUGCAGUUACCUACCCAACUGGAGCAAUCGUUUUGUUUUCCUUAUGCCCUUCCUUUGCUGGUUGGGCCCAAGGAAUCCGGAGACUGUCAGACUAUCCAUUUUUCUACUGGCGUACCAGAUCUCCCUCUUAUCUCCAAGUCUUGGAAGAAAGGCAUAGAAAGCUGCUUUUAUAUGCCUAUAACUACUGGCCUGAGAAAAGUAUCCAGGAGGGGAAAGGGAAGAAACAAUACUCAUCUCUGUGGUAAAAGGAUUUAAUUUGAGGAUGGCCGCUGGAGAAUGGGCUCCUGAUGGAAAAGGAAGGAAUUGAAUUGUCAGAUAGCAACUGCAUUGCUCCCAGGCUGAAGAAGUGACUGGCAAAGUCUGUCUCAUAUAGUUCUUACUACUGCAGAUACCUCAGUGUUUCUGAGGCCUUUAACACACAUUCAGUGGUGAGGGAAACCACUCCUCAGGAGGACUGCUCUUCCCCCUGAAAAGGAGAAGCAAUACCUAGAUCAGAAUAAAAGGAGUGAGGGUCUUCUCAAACAGUUCUAUGACUGGAAAAAAUGUCUAAUAGUCUAAAAAGGGUAAUACCUUACUGUCAGAAAUGACUAUGAAUAGUAGGAAGGCUUUUGCUGAAAUACUUAAUUAGUCUCUGUAGAAAGACUCUGGCUGAAGGCCAGGGACAGAGUGUUUCCUGAGGCAAUUAGCACUCUAGAAGUUCCAUGCUGUGGCCUAUGCAUGAAGUAUCUUAUUUUAAGGAACACCUUAUGCCAUAUAAGACUCUCUCUUAGAUCUGCAUCAGAUCCUUUAAAAAGCAGCCCCUCAAGUAUGCAAUUCCUUCCCUUUGAAGUUGGGUUGGCACACGCCUGCCCUCUCCUCUCCUCAGAGGGAAGCAUUGUGGCUUUUUUGUUUGAUUUUACUGGAUAGUUUUGGAGUUUUGACACUGUGCCAUUGUUUUAUCUAUUUGCUUCCUGCUUUGUUUUGUUGGCGCAACUGCAUAUUAAUGUUAAAUUAAUUGUGUUGAUAUCUUAAUUUUAUUGUUGUGAACUAUUUUGAGAACAAUUAUGGUUGAACUCAGAGUAUAAGAAUGGUAAAUAAAUAAUACACAAUCCCAUAUGGGGAGACCAAA